UCCGGAGGAUGCAGAUGUAAAUUAAGCAUCAGCACAUUUACCCAAGAAAGGAAAUCCACAAACAUUACAACUUGAAGUGAAAGAGGAAUAGAUGUCAAUUAGGUUUAUCUUAAAGAAAUCUUGGCGUUGGGCGUGAAGCUAAAUUCAGAGUUCAAUAUUAAAAGGACUGAUAUCUUUGCAACCAUGUGACAACAUUUUAUUUGCACAAAUACUCUCUCAAGAAUAUCUCUGAAGAUUUUCUAAAUACAAAGAUUCAACCAAGUCACCCGCUGAAAAUAUGGAAAUUACCCAUCUGCCAAUUAGCUACUGGCUAUCAGAAAAUGGAAGUAAAUUACUAAAAGGAAGGACAGAAGCCAAUGCAACUGAUGACGAUAACUGCGAUGUAGAUGAGGACUUUCUAAUGGUUCUUCUACCAAUAAUAUACUCCUUCAUUUUUUUAACAGGAUUGAUAAGCAAUAUUUUUGCAUUGUUAAUAUUUUUUUUCCUGAAAACCAAGAAAAACUCCAUUCAUGUCUAUCUGAUCAAUAUGGCUUUUGCAGACCUCCUCUUAAUUAUCUGCCUGCCUUUCAGAAUAGCACAUCAUGCAAAUCAUAACAAAUGGAUGCUAGGAGCAUUGUUCUGCAAAAUCAUAGGCGUUUUAUUUUACAUGAACAUGUACGUUAGCAUCACACUUUUGGGAUUCAUUAGUCUGGAUCGGUACUUAAAAAUAAUAAAGCCAUUGCAGCACUAUAAGUUACAAGAAGUCACCAGAAGCAGUAUGAUUUGCGGCACUCUCUGGUGUGUCUCCAUUCUGGCUUCGAUAAUAAUGAUUUUUAUGAACAAAUCAACUGAUAAACUGACUACCAAAUGCUUCCAUUAUAGAUCAAUAAAUACCGUAACAGCAAUUAUGCAUCUUCUCCUCGUCUUAGUUUUUUGGAUUGUAUUCUUUCUCCUCAUCUGGUCAUAUGCAAAGAUUGCAAAAAAGCUUUCCAAACUCAGUAAAGAAAAGCCUGGAUUCUCUAACAAGAAAAUGUUAAACAACGUUGUAAUGAAAACAUUCAUUAUUCCCUUCAUUUUCACCAUAUGUUUUGCCCCAUUUCACAUCUUCCGUUUAUUUUAUGUUGCAUCUCAGCUCCGGCAAACAGAUUGUAACUGGAAAAAUGUGGUAAAUAAAACCAAUGAAAUAACACUUCUGUUUUCAGCUUUCAACAGUUGCCUGGAUCCAAUUAUGUAUUUUCUGCUUUCCAAAACUGUUAGAAGAACUGUAUUGAGCGUAAUUAGUGGAAAAUUUCAGAAAGAGUUAAGAAGUGAAACAUCAUAAAAGUUGUGAGGUUCCUUCAUCCUUGAUUCUCAUGGAGUAGCUUAAAAUAAGAAUGAUAUUUGUUAGUUGUAUUUAACCAAGAGCACAAGCAAAAGUGGUACGGAUUUUUGAAGCUUUUUGCAUAGUUCAGACUGAAAUACAUU